GGCCUCGCUCGCGCGUCCCGUCCGCUGUGUCUCACCGCUCGGAGGGAGAAAAUCCCCGAGGAGCCCGGGCGAGCCCCCGCGUCUCCCACCUACCCCCCGCUCGACCUGUACGAGCGGGGACCCCACCCCAAGACGGCACGGUGGGGCCUUCGCCUCCCGAGGGGCGGCCGGGGGCCGGCGGCAGCGGGGGCCGCGGCGGGCCGGAACCCUCGGCGCGGGGCCGGUUUCCGUGCGGGCGGUGUCGCGGCGGCAGGCCCCGCCAUGGCGGCGGAGGGUGAGGACCCGCUGGGCUAUUUCGCGGCCUACGGCAGCUCCAGCUCCGACUCGGAGCCCGACGAGCCCCAGCCCGACGAGCGCCAGGCGGGAGGCGGCGUGGCGGCGGGGGGGAGCCCGGGGCGGCGGCCGCGGCUGCCGCCGCCCGACGAGCUCUUCCGUAGGGUGUCGCAGCCGCCCGCCUUCCUCUACAACCCGCUCAACAAGCAGAUCGACUGGGAGAGCCGCGUCCUGCGGGCGCCCGAGGAGCCCCCCAAGGAGUUCAAGGUGUGGAAGAGCAACGCCGUGCCCCCGCCGGAGACCUACAGCCCGCCCGAAAGGAAGCCCCCGCCGCCCCCCGCCCUCGACAUGGCCAUAAAGUGGUCCAACAUCUACGAGGACAACGGCGACGACGCGCCCCGGCAGGCCGGCAGGGCCGGGGUUCUGCCGGGCGAGGAGCAGGAGCCGCCGGAGCCGGGUGAGGGGCCGCGGGCGGUGAGGGGCCGCGGGCGGCGGGGGCUCCCCCAGCAGCGGCCCGGCUCCCCGGCCGGCCCCGGGCUCCCCCGCCGCUGGCGGGAGCGGGGACCGGCGGAGGCCGCCCCAUGGCGCCAGGAGGCUCGGCCGCGCUCGGGUAAAGCGGAGAGCGGCGUGGGAGCUCCCGAAAGCGCCGCUGCCCUGAGCCGGAGCGCGGGUGCGGGGCAGGGUGUGCCUAUAGUGUUUGCAAAGCAUGGGGGCUAAGAGGGGAAUUAAAUAAAAUGUCUGUGUGACAGGUUACGGAAGAAAAUAUUUACUGCUCUCACAGUACAAGCUGUAAUGGUAAUCUAGGAAGUCAAGAAAUAUUUGGAGGGAGGGAGGACUUACUUUUUUAAAAAAAUUGCUGGGGAAAGAGAAUAGUCAGUAACAAUCAGGAGUCCAAAACCAGAAGAAAUUCAGGACUUCCGGAGCACACAAUAAUAUUUUGGUUCACCAGUGAAGUUGUUACAAACCUUUUGCAAAGGAAGGUUGUUUUAGUGUCUUCCUCCUCCUUUUGCUCUCUGUGUUUCUUCCCCAGGGGCAGUUUCUCUGUCUUGCUCCAUUUAUUCUGUGUGCUUUUUUUUUUCUUUUUGACUGCUACAUAUUUCUCUUAGUCAGCCUUCAUCCAAAAACUGAGAAGAUAAACUGUUCAUUGACCUUGACAUUACUUCCUGCAUCUAAAAUGUGAUUUUCUAGCUUUUUGUCUUAUCUAUUCAUAUAAUAAGGUUUUUAGAACAGGUACCGUACAUUAGCAUAGCAAAGCCUCUUCCUAGUUAUCCUCAGUGGUCUGUGGUAGUGAUAAUAAGUAAUCAUUCCUAUUCUGUCCACGUAUUGUCCACUUUCCAAAAAUGAAGAUAUCGUCAGUUAAUAUUACUGUGGCCUUUUUCCAGGCAUCUCAGACAUGGUUAAGUCUGUUGUUCUGAGACAAGGACAGUGUUUGAUACAAAAAUAACUGGCUUUUCUGACUUUGAUUAACUCUGUCUUUUAUUUAAAGAUGAUGAAGACGAUGAACCAGCUUCCGCUAAGAAACGUAAACUAGACUCUGGGGAGCAGGCAAAGAAGAAGAAGGUAUAAGCAGGGUGUGCUGGAUUUAGCCAUAAUGAGCCAAAUGAGAAUUUCAAUGAACUUGGAUUCUUCUGCUGGAAUGGGAAACACAUACAUGUUUACUGAAUUUCUCUCUCCCGUUGGGUAGGGAACUUUAUUUCUGUAGUACGCUUGCCUUUUGGAAAGCACAAAAUUAAAUGGACAGUGUCAUGACAGAAACUCGUCUACUGAACAAAACUUAAACCUGUUUAUUUAAAAGAGGGAUCCAUUCUGAUGGAUACUUGUGCUCAUGCCGGUUACAGGGCUUCAUGGUAUUUUGUUUAUCAAGAAACCUGGUAACGUUAGCUUUUCUGGACUGACUUCGUUGUGUCAAAACCUUUUAUAAAGGAGUAUAUACUAAAGAUUAAGUAGUGUCCUGUGAUAUGUUUGCAUAAUGUUGUUUUGAAAUGUAUGUAAACACUGCAAAUAGGUCACUGGAAUAAAACUACAUUUGAAAACAUA